AUGGCAUUAUACCAGCCGAAGCUUAAUAUAGCUAAGCAGAGAUUGGAGGUAAUCCGGGCUAGUAUGGUGACCCAACCUCUUUGCCAUCAACUCAUAGAGCAAGAGAAGGUUAUUGUACUAGAACUAGAAAAGUGGAGCAUUGUGAAGGAACAGUUGUUGAGGCAGAAAUCCAAGGAACUUUGGAUCCAAUGUGGAGAUUCAAAUUCUAAAUUAUUCCAUGCUCAAUGGAGAAUUAGAACAAGUAUGAAUACUAUUACCUCUGUUUAUAAUAAUGUUGGGGUCAAACUGACUGAUCCAAAACUGGUGGAGGAGGAAUUUAUUGCUUUCUUUACAAAGCUUAUGGGAGAAUGUAUAUCAACUGUAUCUUACUCCUUAACAUUAAAUGGGGGACUUACAGAACCAUUUCAAGGCAAGAGGGGAAUUAGGCAGGGGGACCCCAUUUCCCCUUACCUAUUUGUCAUUGCCAUGAAAUACUUGCAAAGGGAAUUUGCACAGUUGGCCAAGAAUAAAGACUUUCACUUCCACCCCAGAUGUAAGAAACUGGCAGCAGUACAUGUAUGCUUUGCUUAUGACCUGCUCAUGUUCUGCAGGGCUCAUUUAGGGUCCAUAAGCUUAUUGCAGCAAACAUUUAUGAAAUUUUCCUUGGCUUCUAGGCUGCAAGAAAAUGCUGACAAAAGUUCUUUUUACUUGGCUGGUACUCUUGAUAACCUGAAGCAAACUAUAUUGGAAGAAUUGGGUUAUUCUGAGGGGACCAUACCUUUCAAAUACCUUGGAGUGCCAGUAGCAGCAAAAAAGCUAUCCAUACUGCAAUGUUGGUCCCUGGUUGAAAGAAUUAUUGCAAAGAUUAAUUAUUGGUUUUCUAAAAUAUUCUCUUAUGCUAGCAGGCUGCAACUGAUCAAGUCAGUGUUAUUUGGGGGGCAGUCUUACUGGGCACAGAUAUUUUUGAUACCUAAGAAAUUCCUUAAGAUGGUUGAGGCCAUUUGUAGGUCCUUCUUAUGGAUAGGGGACUCUGCUAUCUCCAAAAAAGCCUUAGUCUCAUGA